AUGGUGAAGAUGGGCGUUUUAAUAUUGGUUUUGUGUACAUAUUUAGUUGGGAGCAUUAAAAGUAGGGAAUUGGCGGAGAAUGAUUGCAUAGGUGAAGGAGCUAAGACAUGUAGGAGGAAUGGGAUUGAUGGUGAAAGUGGUAAAGGUGAUGGUAAAUGGAGUAGGAAAGAUAGAAUAUCUGAUGCACUUUCAAAUAGGCAAAGAUAUGAUGAUGGACCUCAUGGUAUAGCAAGAUUGUCGGGUCAAAAGUACGGUUAUGUGCCUAUUGGACCUUUUAUAGGCGGAGGACGACGGCCUGUACCACAAAUUCCUGGUGGCACUGGAGGACCUGGACUAGGAUAUGGUGGUAUACCUGGCACCAUACCUUCUAUAGGAGGAGGAUUACCUGAAGGACUUGGGCUUGGAUAUGGUAGUAUUCCUUUGAUCGAGGGACCCGAUGGUGUUCUUCCUGGUAUACCAUUGUUAGGACCUGACGGUGUACCUUUAAUAGGACAAGUACCUGGUCAAGGAUAUGAUGGUGUUCCUGUCGGAUAUGGCGUUGUUCCUGGUAUACCUUUGAUAGGAGGAGGACAUGGAGGAAUUGGUGGAGGAGUAGGAGGUGGUUUUGGAAAGGGAACAAGCGGAUGGGGAGGCGGCGCUGGUGGUGGUGGUGGAUUUGGAGGCAUAGGUGGAGGCUUUGGAGGAGGUGGUGGUGCCGGUGUUGCCGCUUAUGUUAACACCAAUACUAAGCAUCAUUGA